AUGUUUGGGGAUGUAAUAACUAACGCCAGCUCCUCGGAAUACGAAUUGGAGCUGCUGUUACAUGACGACCUCUUAACAACCAUUGUCUUCGUCAAUGCCAUCAUCUCUGCCGUCAUCGGGCUCGCAGGAGUUGUCCUCAACCUCAUCAACAUCACCGUCUUCAUCAAAAUGGGCUUCGGUGAGUUCACCAACAUCUCCCUGCUUUGUCUGGCCGUGGCGGAUGUCGGCUCUCUGCUGUUCCUCUCCGGCGUCGUCGUCGUGUACAACCCCCUCAUGCUUCAAACUGCAGACGCUGACCUGCUGAGCACAAUGUGCUAUCUGACCGUGGCCGUCCCUCACGUCUGCUUCUCCGAGAUCUCGGGCUGCUGCAAUAUCGUCUUGGCCUUGGAACGUUUCCUCUGCAUCGCAGUGCCUCACCGCGUCAAGUCUUUGGUCACCUCCAAGAGGGUUGUUCUCGUCAAUGUUUUCAUCUUUGUCUAUAUCAUCUUAGUUAAACUGAUUGGGUACAUAGGAUAUGGCAUUCCUGGAACCACAUACAAUUCACCUAACAACAGCACAGCUGCUACUUUCGGUCCAACAGCAUUAAGUAAAAUGCUCGACAGCAUCUCUACAAUAAUAGACAACUUCACCCAACUAACUACUUUUCCUUUAAUGAUCGGCGUUACAGCGAUGACCAUUCGCAUCUUCAAAAAGGCCACAAGCUGGAGGCUUUCAGUGACGUCUUCUUCUCAGGGCACCACUAUGUCCAAAAGAGAAACAAAAUUGUCAAAAAUUGUUAUUACCAUAUCCAUUGUCUACAUCGUCUGCAAUACUCCGCCAUUUCUAGCUACUUGGGUUAUAUUCCUGAUUCCAGAUUUUAGUUUAACCGGAAGUUAUAGAGAACUUUUCAUUGCGACAUUUACAGUAUUGUUUAAUAUCGAUGCCAUCAACUCGAUACUGCCCUUCUUAAUCUAUCUGAAUAUGAGUACUAAGUUUAAAGAAACCUUAAAGACUUUAACUCUUAAUCGAUUCCGAUAUUCCAAUAAGCAAUAG